CUCCAUCGCCAACCAUUUUCAGUAAACCUAGCUACUUCUUCUCCAAUCCUCUUCUGCAAAAUCCAGAUCUUAAUCUUCUCACCAAUUCCCCCUCAUAUAUGGCCCGCACGAAGCAGACGGCGAGGAAGUCGACCGGCGGCAAGGCGGCGAGGAAGUCGACCGGCGGCAAGGCGGCGAGGAAGUCGACCGGCGGCAAGGCACCGAGGAAGCAGCUGGCGACGAAGGCCGCACGCAAGUCGGCUCCGGCAACCGGAGGGGUUAAGAAGCCUCACCGAUUCAGGCCAGGAACCGUGGCGCUGAGGGAGAUCCGCAAGUACCAAAAGAGCACCGAGCUGCUGAUCCGGAAGCUUCCGUUCCAGAGGCUGGUGAGGGAAAUCGCGCAGGAUUUCAAGACGGAUCUGAGGUUCCAGAGCAGCGCCGUUUCGGCGCUCCAGGAGGCCGCCGAGGCGUACUUGGUCGGGCUUUUCGAGGACACUAACCUCUGCGCGAUCCACGCCAAGAGGGUCACUAUCAUGCCCAAGGACAUCCAGCUCGCCAGGAGGAUUAGAGGCGAGAGGGAUUAGACCCAACUAUUUUGUUCUAGUAGGUGGCUUUGCGUUUUGGUUGUUUAAGGCUUUCUCUAAUGUUGUUUCGCUUGUCGUUUCUGUAUUUGCUGGAAUUUUAGAAUUCCGAUUGUUAGAUUCUAGGGUUUCUGAAAGAAUUGAAGGUUGUAAAUCUGCUAUGUCAUAAUUAAUUCAAAUCCUAGUUGGCUAUUCCUGCUCUUAGAACCUUUUCUUAUCUGGGUUUUCUUUGAUGGAGUGGUACGUAUGUUAGUGGCAACUGAAAUCUGCCCAUUUCUGCUGAGAAUUCAGAGAGUGAGUUAGUGAGUUGUGUCAAUGAAGAUCGUCAAUUCAU